AUGGCCUCUCCGUUCGCCGGCCCCACAGCGGUUGCUGAUGUAAUUAAAGAUCUAGACACUCAGAUAGCUUUGAUUGGUUUGGGUCCCCACAACCCCAAGAAGAAGCAGGACCUAGAUAAGCUUUACGAUCUAAAAGCUAAAGCCCAACAGAUUAUGAACCAGUUUGGCCCUUCUACCUUGAUCAACCUCUCCAACUUCUCCUCGAUAAAGCCAGAACCAGCCAGCACUCCCCCGCAGAGCUCCAUGGCCAACAGCACCACCGUGGCAAAGAUGCCGGGGACGCCCAGCGGAGGAGGACGGCUCAGUCCUGAAAGCAACCAGGUUUUAACCAAGAAGAAAUUGCAGGACCUGGUGCGUGAGGUGGAUCCGAACGAGCAGCUGGAUGAAGAUGUGGAGGAAAUGCUGUUGCAGAUCGCCGAUGAUUUCAUAGAGAGCGUGGUGACGGCUGCCUGCCAGCUUGCACGGCAUCGCAAGUCGAACACCCUGGAAGUGAAAGACGUCCAGUUGCAUCUUGAGCGUCAGUGGAAUAUGUGGAUCCCGGGAUUUGGUUCUGAAGAAAUCAGGCCCUACAAAAAAGCCUGCACUACAGAAGCUCACAAACAGAGAAUGGCACUGAUUCGCAAAACCACCAAGAAAUAGCCCCUGGAAAGAGCCGGGAGAAGACGCCAGUGCAUUUGAGAUAUCUGCCUCUCCACUGAAGCCUCCACGAUGCCAUCCACGGGAUAUUUUUUUUAAUGCUUUACAGAGAAGCAUAUAUUUUUUAUUAAUGGUGCAGCAAUAUCUUGACUUUAUGAGGAGAUCUGCCAAAAACAUUCUACGCCCCCUUCCUCAUCCCCCCUAAGAGCGCAAUGUAUCUCAAAACAAAGACUUUUAUUUGUGACUUGAAAGUGGUUUAUCGUAUAAGUGAUUAUCCAAGGGACAGAGCAUUUGAUCUUGUGUGGGACAGUAUUAGAAGCAUCUGUAGAGGUUUUUGUUUCCUCCUUCCUGCCCCUACCUGCUCCAGUACUUUGUAAUGUCAGUGUUUAUAUAAAUACUUGCAUUUGUUUUACAUUAAUAAAGAAAAUUAUUAAU